GCGGGCGGUGCCUCCCGGCUCGGGGCGCCUCGGCCGCGCUCCCUGCGGCGGCUGCCGGCGCUGGCGGGCCAUGGGGGAGAAGAGCCUCCGCCUCGGCGUGCUGAGCCUCGGCGUGCUGCUCCUGGCCGCCGCUUCGGAGGGUGCGGAGCCGCCGCCCAGCUGCGAGGCGGUCCGGAAAGUUUUCCAGCAGCGGCGGCUCGGCCCGCUCGGCGGCGUCCCGGAGUACCCGCGGGCAGGUGUUGAUCUCCAGGUUUGUACUUCUAAAAGUCCAACAUGCUGUACCAAAAGGAUGGAAGAAAGGUAUCAGACUGCAGCCAAGCAAGAUAUACAGCAAGUACUUCAAACAUCAAGUGCUACAUUAAAAUUUUUAAUAUCUCGUAAUGCAGCUGCUUUUCAAGAAACCUUUGAAAUGCUUAUCAGAGUGGCUGAGAAUUACACAAGCACACUUUUCUGCAAUGCAUAUAGAAACAUGGCUGCUGAGGCUACUAUGCGUGUGCAGGAGUUUUUCACAGAUAUUGGACUCUUCUUAUUUGGCACAGACAUUAGCACAGAGGAAUUUGUGAAUAGAUUUUUUGACACCCUGUUUCCAGUAGUCUACAACCACGUGAUUAACCCUGGUCCGACUGACAUUUCACUGGAAUAUGCGGAGUGCCUCCGAAUGGCGAGAAGAGAYAUCAGACCCUUUGGCAACAUUCCCAAAAAGGCCAUAAGACAAAUGGGAAGAUCACUCUUACCCAGCCRGAUUUUCUUACAGGCUCUGAAUUUGGGGAUUGAAGUGAUCAACACUACGGAUCACCUGCGCUUCUCUAAAAACUGCAGCAGAGCUUUGCUGAGAAUGCAGUACUGCCCACAUUGCCAGGGACUGACCCUGAGCAAGCCCUGCAUGGGCUACUGCCUCAACACCAUCCGAGGCUGCCUGGCUGCCGUGGCAGAAAUUGAUCUCCACUGGCGGGGAUACAUCCAGUCCCUGGAGGAGCUCUCAAGCGCCAUGAGCGGAGCCUACGACAUUGAGCACGUGCUGCUAAACUUCCAUUCGCUUGUUAGUGAUGCUCUGGUACAGGCUCGGGUCAACAGGCCAGAACUAUCAGAGCAGGUGAAUAAGAUAUGUGGUCCUCCUGUAAGGAAGCCUAAAGAGUCUCCAGGUUGCUCCUUUGAUCAGAACAAAGAUAAUCAAGGGUUGAAGAUGUUCUCCAGAGAUAGGGAAGAAACACUUGCCAGCAGAAGAAAGGAAUUUAUCAGCCACCUUCGGCUCUACAGGGCAUUUUACAGCGGUCUGGCGGAUCAACUGUGCGGGAAUGAGUUGGCAGCUGCUGAUGGACUCCCGUGUUGGAAUGGAGAAGAUGUCGUAAGAAGGUAGCUUUCUGACUUGCUUCUGUCUUUUUUCUUUUGUAAGUAAUUUUUCAUUUAAUCAGCUU